CACAGCCAGAAGAAAUGCGUGACCCAGAUCAGUAAGCUUGGCAGAGUAGACACUGAACAGGAAGCAUUGCCUGUACAUAGGAACUGCCAGUUUUGUCCCCUGCUAUAGAUCCUUGAUGGUGGAGUCACUGGAGGAAUCUAAGGACACAAUGGAUCUCCUGGGCCUUCUCUGCCUCAUUGUUGGUUUUCCAGUGAGUAGCUGCACGCCUCUCCAAUACAGAAGUCGUGGGAAGUCAUGGGAGGAAAGAGCGGACGAAAUCGCUGGGUAUAGAGAGGUGGCUAAGAAAAUCAUCGGACUGGCUGUGUAUGGUGAUGCCAGAAACCGCGCCUAUGAGAAACUUGCCAACCUCACAGAUGCAGUAGGGCCCCGGAUGAGUGGGUCAAAAAACCUGGAGCAGGCCAUUAAUUACAUGUACAAUACCCUAAAACAAGACGGGCUGGAGAACGUCCACCUGGAGCCAGUGAAAGUCCCGCACUGGGUACGAGGGGAGGAGAGUGCUGUGAUGGUUGAGCCACGAAACUACACCCUCAACAUCCUGGGGCUUGGGAGCAGUGUUGCCACUCCCCCAGAAGGUAUUCAGGCGGAAGUGCUUGUGGUGCAGUCCUUCGAGGAGUUGAAGCGCCGGGCGAGUGAAGCGAAAGGGAAAAUCGUGGUGUUUAACCAGCCCUUCCUCAGCUAUAAGGAGACAUCAAUAUACAGGUCCUCUGGGGCGUCAGAAGCAGCCAAAGUUGGGGCAGUGGCUUCCCUCAUUCGCUCCGUCACCCCGUUCUCUAUCAACAGCCCCCACACGGGGUGGCAGGUGUAUAAAGAGGGGGUCACCCAGAUCCCCACGGCAUGCAUCACGAUGGAGGAUGCUCAGAUGAUGGGCAGGAUGGCAAAAAGAGGUCAGAGGAUUGUGGUCCAGCUGAUCAUGAAUGCCAAAAGCCUCCCGGAUGCCAACUCCUUCAAUACUGUGGCAGAGAUCAUAGGAUACAAGUACCCAGAACAGGUGGUUCUGCUCAGUGGGCACCUGGACAGCUGGGAUGUGGGUCACGGCGCCAUGGACGAUGGUGGGGGUGUGGCCAUCUCUUGGGAGGCACUGUCUCUACUCAAGGAUCUGGGGCUCCGCCCCAAGAGAACAUUGCGGGCAGUGCUGUGGACAGCAGAGGAGCAAUAUGGCGUAGGUGCACGGCAGUACUUUGAGCGUCACAAGGAAAGCAUCUCAGACUUUAACCUGGUGAUGGAGUCAGACAUGGGCACCUUCCGUCCCCUGGGGAUGCAGUUCACUGGAAAGCCAUUGGCCAGAAAGGUGAUGCGUGAGGUGAUGAAACUGCUGGAGCCAAUAAAUGCCACAAAGCUGGAGGAGCCUGCAGAAGGAAUCGACGUCAAUAUAUGGAUGCAGGCCGGUGUGCCAGGUGCCAGCUUGCUCAAUGACAACGGCAAAUACUUCUGGUUCCACCACACUGAGGGGGACACUAUGACCGUCCAGGACCCUGUGGAGAUGAACCUGUGUUCAGCUGUGUGGGCCAUUGUGUCUUAUGUCAUUGCUGACCUGGAUGAGAUGCUGCCAAGGUAGAACCCACUGGCUGGAGCUGGAAAGUACCAGGAGAUUUUGUGAGACUCACAGCUACCUUCAUCUUCCCUAAACCCACAUUUAACUCUCAGUUAGCAA